GUUGUCAACGGUGCCAUAUAAACAGAGCAUUAUAUAUUUCACUUGUAGAUCCUUCAGUUCUGUUUUCUCGUAUGUGCAAGGUUUAAAUUAAAAACUAUGCAGAAAGCUAGCUACUUCCUCCUGUGCGUGUUGAGUCUGAGUUCAGGUACAGUGAUGUGAUGAUAGCUCAUUAGAUUGAUGGGAAAGUUAAAGAUGCAUGUAAAACCACAGUUCUGUGUAUUUAAUCUGUGAGUAUUUAUGGUACUUACGUAAAUAAAAAAAAAUUUUUUUUAAAGUUGAUGAGAUCUACAAACUAAACAACAAAAAUUAGAUUUUUUUUACACUCACCCUAAUUGCUAUGUAGAUUCCUUUAUAUCCCUUUAUUUAUAUCUUUAUCCACCACAAAACCUCUCUUUUUAUGCUGUAUCUCUCUAUAUUCCAACUCCAUCUUGCUUUAUUAAUGUGACUCUCUAUAUCCCUUUGUUACAGGAGCUGCUAGAGAAGAUUCCAUUGAGUCAAAGCUUUCUGAGUUGUCUGUGGAAGAAGGAACGAGUGUCACUCUCUCCUGCUCAUACACCACAAGCUAUACAACGACUUAUUAUUUGUAUUGGUACCGUCAUUAUCCUAACAAAGCUCCAGAUUACAUUCUGCAUAAAGCUAACCAGGGAACAUUUGUUAAUACUGCUCCUUUUGCUAAGGAGAGAUUCAAUUCUCAGGUGGAUGCAGAGUCUACAAAUCUGACCAUCAGUGAGUUCAAGAUAGAGGAUUCUACCAUGUAUCUAUGUGGACUACAGAGAGCACAAUGCGACAGAUCUGAGCACAGCAGCUACAUAAACCUCAUAGAGUUUAUAACAGCUCAGAGUGUGGAAGGGAAGUCAUUCUAG